AUGGUCCAUCAGGAGCUGGGUAAAGACAACGCGUACCAUCAAACUGUCACAAUAACUCCGAGCUCACUUCAGUGCUCCACCAAGGCAGCAAUCGGCACUGCGGGAUUGUCGCACAACAGACGAAGGGAUGUUUCUUUCCCAUCGCAUCAGCAACCACUACCUCAGCUGGAACAGUCGACGCAAUCAACGCCAGUCUGUCUCGUAUUGGGAGGCACAGGGCUGCUGGGGAGGGCCCUACGAGCCACUGUUGAGGAGCUGGAGGAACAGGCAGGUGACCUGGAAGGCUACCAUUUCGUAUUUGUUGGGUCAAAGGACGCAGACCUCAGAUCCUGGCCAGAAACAGAGUCUCUCUUUCAAAAGUACCAGCCCAGCGCACUGAUUCACUUAGCUGCCAAAGUUGGGGGCCUUUACGAAAACAUGAGGAAUAAUGAGGCAUUCCUUCGUGAGAAUGUGCUCAUCAACACAAAUGUCGUCCGGGCCGCUGUAGAAGCACGGGUGCACCGGGCGAUAUUUUGCCUUUCCACUUGUGCUUACCCGGAGACCACCCCGCAGCUCCCUCUCGUCGAAGAGUACCUCCACUUGUCCCCUUCUCACCCUUCAAAUGAAGGGUAUGCAGCGGCCAAGCGCUUAUUGGAACAGCAGGUUCGUUUCAGUCGUCAGCAACUCCAGGAGAACAAUCCCGGCCAAACGUUUGUUUGGAUAUGCGUCCUGCCGUGCAAUCUCUACGGACCGUUCGACAACUUUGAGCUGAAUACAGCACACGUGCUUCCAGCUCUAGUCCAUAAAACGGAGAUCGCCAAGCGCGACGGCACUCCCCUCAUCGUGCGUGGAAAAGGAGCUGCCUUGAGGCAAUUUCUGUUCAGUGACGAUGCAGCUCGUCUGUUAUUGCUGUUGUUGGUGAAGCGGCAGAUUCCUGAGACCCAUACUUUGUUGAACAUGUGCCCAGACCUUCAGGACAGCGGUACGGCUGUUCUGUCGCGCGGGUUGCUUGAUAGCGCGAGGGCACGUUUUAUCGUCACAAGCAUCCGUGAUGGAGUGGGCAAUGAGGAGGCAGGCAGUGCAAAUAUUUGUGAAGUGGCCAAUUGCCCUUCAUUGACACAUCUUCCAGUUGUGACGAUGCGUGUCGAUGUUUCUGCAGAAAUAUCCAUAGAGGACCUGGCAUUGAUGAUCAAGCGGUGUGCGCAGUUUGACGGCCCUAUAGAGUUUGAUGAGGCCGCCUCUGAAGGAAUUCUAAGAAAGCCGGCAGACAACUCCAAGCUAAGGAGUGUCGUUGGCCACGAAUUUCUGUUUACUCCUUUGGAAGAAGGAGUACAGAAGACUAUCGACUGGUUCAGAGAGAAUUCUGAAGUUGCUCGGACGUGA